AGAGUGGAUCACCUUGCUCCACAGUCACCUUCGUGUGCGUCACGUGGCGAGAUCUCUCUAGUUUGCGUGCCGACUUCAACCCUACAGAACUUCAGACACCAUGUCUAAGGGUUUCGAUCCCAUGUCCUUCGCCCAGGACUUCGUGGCUGGAGGUAUCGCUGCCGCCGUUUCCAAAACCGCGGUCGCCCCGAUCGAAAGGGUUAAGUUGCUGCUCCAAGUCCAAGCCGCUUCGAAGCAGAUCACCGCUGAGAACCAGUACAAGGGAAUCGUCGAUGCGUUCGUCCGAAUUCCGAAGGAGCAGGGCUUCAGCGCUUUCUGGAGAGGUAAUCUCGCCAACGUGAUCCGAUAUUUCCCGACGCAGGCUCUCAACUUCGCUUUCAAGGACAAGUACAAGCAGGUGUUCUUGGGUGGAGUGGACAAGAGAACUCAGUUCUGGCGAUACUUCGCUGGGAACCUCGCUUCCGGUGGAGCCGCCGGAGCCACCUCGCUCUGUUUCGUUUACCCACUCGAUUUCGCCCGUACCCGUCUCGGUGCUGACAUUGGCAAGGGCGCCAAGGAACGAGAGUUCAACGGUCUGAUCGAUUGUCUCAAAAAGAUCACCAAGUCCGACGGAAUCAUUGGACUCUACCGAGGAUUCAACGUCUCCGUGCAAGGUAUCAUCAUCUACAGAGCUGCCUACUUCGGCUUCUUCGACACGGCCAAGGGAAUGCUGCCCGAUCCCAAGAACACCCACAUCAUCAUCUCGUGGGCCAUCGCCCAAUGCGUGACAACCGUAUCCGGAAUCAUCUCGUAUCCGUUCGAUACCGUCCGUCGUCGUAUGAUGAUGCAGUCGGGACGUAAGGGAGGCGAAGUCAUGUACAAGAACACCAUCGACUGCUGGUCGAAGAUCGCCAAGAACGAGGGUUCGGGCGCUUUCUUCAAGGGAGCUUUCUCCAACGUGAUCCGUGGUACUGGUGGUGCCCUUGUGUUGGUCCUCUACGACGAGAUCAAGGUUGCUCUUUUCGCAUAAUAAUGUAAGACGACCACGUUCUUGAAAAUUGAUCAUUCUCGCGAAGAAAUGACAAGUUAGCUUGUAAAAAAAUUCAAUACGAUGAGUAGUAGCAGCCGUCGAAAUUAAAUUAAGCGACUCUUCCAUCCAUUCAUGCAUUCCUGUGCGAAAGAAAAGCAGAAAGAGAGUAAGAGAGAAAGCUAGUUCCAGCAGUCGCUCGUCUGUGCUUGUACCGAACACUACCGUUACGAAGACCGAAAUCGCGCUGAUGUCCAAUAAGAUCCGAUCAAAUAUUGAUUGAUAUUGAUUGAACGGAAAAUCCCGCCAUUUCUGUCUCCUACCGAGUUGAAAGCGAAAAUAAAUUCCUUUUUCCCUAAAAAA